ACAGAGAGGAUGUGACAAUUUGACAUUUUCUUGUCAAACUGGGUGACUGGGAGGCAGUUUUGUGUUCAGCUGCAUUAGUGAAUGAACUGUAAAGAUGCAUUUAUGCACAUCUCUUUUGCUGAAUUUGGCUUUGGCUUUUUGUCCAGCAUCAUCUAUGCCUUCACCAUUCGAAAUUAAUGAGGAAUUGAUGGACAUUUCAGAUAUAAACAAAGAUUUAAAUCUCACAGAAGGAGACAUUGCGGUGCCUAACCAAAGGAACGCCAUUCUUGGGAAUCAGUACCGGUGGAAUACUUCCAUCCCCUAUGAGCUGAGUGUGAAUCUCAGUGUGGACUAUAAAGGAGUCAUUUUGAGAACAUUUGAGCAGUUCAGACUGAGAUCAUGUAUUGACUUCAAGCCCAGAACAGCAGAAAACAUUUACAUCUCUGUGGAGAGUAGUGACGGGUGUUGGUCAUUUAUCGGCCGUGUAUCUGCUGGAGCUCAGCCUCUUUCCAUUGGAGAUGGCUGUGGGAUAAAAGCUUUUACUGAGCAUUUAUUUCUCCACGCUCUUGGAUUUUUACAUGAGCACACAAGAUAUGACAGAGAUGAUUAUGUGACCAUCAACUUUAAAAACAUCAUUACAGGGUAUGAGAGCAAUUUCAAUAAAUUCAGUGAGAACCAGACAACCACCGAAGACACCCCAUAUGACUACUACUCUGUGAUGCAUUAUGGUAAAAAUGAUUUAAGCAACGGUAAUGGAUACACAAUCAUUACCAAGCAACCAGAGUUUCAAGAUGUGAUUGGUCAACUCCUGGGCAUGAGUGAAUAUGAUGUGAUUAAACUCAACAAACUCUAUAAAUGCAAUUCGUCUAUCUCUUUCCUUGAUCACUGUAGUUUUGAUGAUGAAUCUCUGUGUCAGAUGAGCGUCUGCUCUGCUGCUGAUUACGGCUGGCAGAGAGUGAAGUCAGUGAGUGGCAUCAAUGUGACUGACCACACAUACUUGGGCAAAGAACAAAAUGGGACAUCUUUCUUCAUGCACUUCAACACUAAGGCAAGAAACGAGGGGGAUGCAGCUAGAAUGGAAAGCAAAACAAUGACCCCUCAAAGAUACUGUAAAGUGCAGUGUCUGCAGUUCUACUACUAUCACAGCGGUCACAAGUCUGACCAGCUCAACAUCUGGAUCAGAGAGUACCAGAACGAAUCAGACAGCAGAGGAACUCUCAGACUUAUGGAUCAGAUCACAGAACCCCCUGGUAAUUACUGGAAGCUGCAUCAUGUGCCACUGAAUGCAAAUAAAACCUUUCAAGUUGUAUUUGAAGCCCGUAAAGGAGAUGGAAACUCCAGUGGAGGAUUUUCACUGGAUGAUAUCAAUAUUUCAGAGACUGAGUGUCCUCACACAUGGCAGAUCAGAGACUUUGAGAAGGUUUUGAAAAACAGUGUGUCUGGCUUUUGGAUGUACAGCCCGUUGUAUUACUCCAGUGAUGGUUAUCGCUUUCAGGCUGGCUUGAGACUGAAUCAGAAUUACCUUUCAAUAUAUGUUCGUCUGGUUUCUGGUGUAUUUGAUGAUCAGCUGCAGUGGCCUUGUCCAUGGAGACAAAUAACCUUCCAGAUGCUUGACCAAAAUCCACACAUACAGAAGCGCAUGUCCUCUGAGAAAAGCUUCACAACUGAUCCUUCUUUCAUUUAUUCCAAUUUAAAUGUUUGGGGCAAUCCUCAACAAAUUGGAACCCAGGGUGUCAUUGCCAAUGAGACUGUACAUGUGGGUCUUUUUGUGGGAUAUCAAUAUGCCAUAAUGAAAGAGGACCUCACUAAAAGAGAGUUUAUCAAGGGUGGUGACAUCAUAUUUCUCUUCACCUUGCAAGAUAUUUCUGAGUUGCUUCAGAAGGACUCUCUACCCUGUCCUAAAGCAACAGUGAAGAACUUCAACGUUACUCCUGAUGUGAGUGCCCAGCAAGGAUCAUGUGCUCCAAGAGUUCUUCCAAAAACUAUAACAGCAACAACCACUACUGCUACUAAAAGCGUUACAACUACACCAAGACUUAAUGACAGUAAAUGCUGGGACAUAUUUUGCAAUUCCAGUGCCAAGACUGCUUCCUCUCUGAUCAUCAUGGUGGUGUGCUUUCUUUUGCUAGCGAGUUAAUCAUGAAACCACUAUUAUUAUUUUUAUCAUCAUCAGCCCUAUUUCUGACUUCAUAAAUUCAGCACCAAAGAAUUGCAUCUAUCUUCGGCUUUCUGCUACAUGCAUAUGAUAAUUAAAUAUGCUUUGAUAAUAUUAAUUAAUGUUGAAGCUAGCAAUAAUCAUGAUGAUUUACACACAUUCUCUUAAAGAUCAAGUUAAUUAGUUAAGUCUUCUUUUUAUUAAUCACUGCAUAAAUUUUAUAGGUUUUUUUAUUGUUAAAGUAUGUUUUUGUUUAAAUGUAAGAGGGGGAAAUUAUUGCAAAAAGAGCCUAUGCACAUGAUGAAGCUUCCCAUGUGAUCAAUCAUUUUAGAUGCCUAAAAGGAGUGAGGGAAGUCUUCUGAUAAACAGCAUAUCAUUUGGCUCAAAAGCUUAUAUUAACUGUGUCUUAAGUUUUCUGUCAAGAUGUAUAUGGUUUAAUGCUAUAAGUCACAAUUGUGACAAUUCACUUCUUUUCACUUCUUGGUGACACUAAAUAUUGUACUAGUGGAUACAAAAUUUAAGAUUAUAGUGCAAUGUUUUAACGCCUACAUAUAAUAUAUACUGAUCUGUUGAGUUGAUGGCUUUUUACCAGUGAGAUUAAUGUCUACAAAUGUCUGUAUAUAUCACAUGUAUGCAAUUGUAAUUUACCACCUGCCCAACCCAUAUGGAUCUAAAAACCACUGGAUGGGUAUAAAGUGGGAAUCUCAACUUGAGUUGUCAUAUUCUUACAGUUGUGGUGUAUGGACUCUUCUAUUUUCUUAAAGUGUGACUUGUGAAUGUGCCUUUAGAUGGAUUUCAAACAACUAUCAAUAAAAACAACCAUGAAAUUUC